AGAAACAUCCGCCCGGUCCCUAUCAAUCGAUCAGAGAGAGGAAGAUGGCGGUGGAUGGAGGCAGCGCCGCAGGAUCGAUCGCCGAAAAACUCGAUUGGGAUCGCUGUUCAUAACUGAGCCAAAGGCAGCGAAACAGCGCCUGGUUGGAGGGUUUGAACCCGGAUUGAAGAGCGGACAACACGGAGAGAAGGUGCCUGGCCGCCAGCACCAUCCUCAAUCUUUCAGAGCGAUGGAGUUCCCAUGGCACAGCGGGAAGGUCCUGGAGCAGCUUAACCGGCAGCGCAAGCAGGGCCUGCUGUGUGACUGCACCUUUGUUGUGGACGGGGUGGACUUCAAGGCCCACAAAGCUGUGCUGGCAGCCUGCAGCAUCUAUUUCCGCACCCUCUUCCUGGACCAGAAAGAUGUGGUGCAUCUGGACAUCAGCAAUGCAGCAGGUUUGGGUCAUGUCCUGGAGUUUAUGUACACAGCCAAGCUGAGUUUAAGUUCGCAGAAUGUCGAAGACGUGCUGGCCGUUGCUAACUUUUUACAAAUGCAAGAGAUUGUAAACGCCUGCUCUGCGUACCAGUCGAUGGCAAAUCCAGUUCCUUCCCUCAUAACACUGGAUUUCACUGUGGAUGAAAAAACAGGUCAAAGCGAGCUGAGACUGGCGCAGGAGAGUGACAUGGCUGAAGUGGCAGCACAAGCAGAGGAGAGUGCUUCUUGCCCUAUCACAGAAGAUAAAGAACCGACGCAAAAUCAGGACAAUUUAAAGGAAGACACCGCUACAGAAACUCAACAGACUGAUUCUCAGCCCAGUCCUGCAGCACAAACACCCAAAACCGAGCCCCCUUCGGGUGAAAAGAACAUAGAAAGCACUGCACAAGAUACACCUGAAUUUCAGGAUGACCCCUGCGACACCAAUUAUGUACCCGGAUUACAGUUAAAAUCUGAAGGCAGCUCAUCUUACUCGAGCUCUCGAGGGAGAAGAAUCCGAAAACCUCUGCGACGAAACUUCCCACCUGAGAGUGACUCAGAGGGCGAAGGCACGUCAGAGACAAAACCUGAGUCAAAGGUGGCGGAGCCGACCGAGGUGACUGAAGGAGAGGAGGAUGAGUUUGUGGAGACCGGUGAUGGGGAAGUUGAUGAUGAAGAUGGGGAUGGAGAGGAAGAUGGGGAUGGGGAUGGAGAGGAAGAUGGGGAUGGAGAGGAAGAUGGGGAUGGAGAGGAAGAUGGCGAGGUCAGCCAGCAGGAGGAAGGAGUCGACUCCGGCAGCGAGAUGGAGGGGAGACAAACUCUGUCAGCGUCAAUGAGCAACCGGUCCGAGUCAAAGCCUUACAGCUCUGUGACACACAAAUGUGAGGACUGUGGGAAGAAAUUUACCCACACUGGUAACUUCAAGAGGCACAUGCGUAUUCACACAGGAGAGAAGCCGUUCAGCUGUCGGGACUGCAACAAGGCUUUCUCAGACCCAGCAGCCUGUAAAGCCCACGAGAAAACACACAGCCCCCUGAAGCCGUACUGCUGCUCCAUUUGCGGAAAGAGCUACCGUCAGAUCAGCCUGCUCAAUUUGCACCGCAAGCGCCACACAGGUGAAGCACGCUACAGCUGCGACGUCUGCGGCAAGCUCUUCACCACGUCUGGCAACCUGAAGCGGCACCAGCUGGUGCACAGCGGUGAGAAGCCCUAUCACUGCGACUUCUGUGAGAAGGCCUUUUCUGACCCCACCGCCAAGAUGAGACAUCUAGAGACGCACAAUACGGGAAAGGGCAACAAGUGUCCGCACUGCGAAAAACGCUUUAACCAGGUGGGGAAUCUUAAGGCUCACUUAAAGAUCCACAUUACAGAUGGACCUCUUAAAUGCAAAGAAUGUGGCAAACAGUUUACAACUUCAGGGAAUCUGAAGAGACACCUGCGGGUUCACAGUGGGGAGAAACCUUACACCUGUAUGCACUGUAUGAGAGCGUUCAGUGAUCCUGGAGCUCUGCAACGGCAUGAACGCAUCCACACAGGAGAGAAGCCCUGCGUCUGUGUUGUCUGUGGCAAAGCCUUCACCCAGGCCAGCUCCCUUAUUGCUCAUGUCCGCCAGCACACGGGAGAGAAGCCUUAUGUGUGUGAUCGCUGCGGCAAAAGGUUUGUGCAGUCCAGUCAACUGGCCAAUCACAUUCGCCAUCAUGACAACGUCCGACCACACAAAUGUCAGAUGUGCAACAAGGCAUUUGUCAAUGUGGGAGACCUGUCGAAGCACAUCAUCAUACACACAGGGGAGAAACCUUUCCUGUGUGACAAAUGCGGCAGAGGAUUUAAUCGAGUGGACAAUCUGCGCUCUCAUGUCAGGACCGUCCACCACGGCAAGGCCGGCAUGAAGCGGCUGAUAGUAGCCACGGGCAGCACAGACGAGGUGGCUGAUGGGUGCACAGUUGCAGCCAACUCUGACAGCGAGAUCAACAUAGUGACUGUUACCACAGAUGAUAUUGUCACCCUGGCAGGAAGUGCUGUGGCUCAGCUGACAGUUGUUCCAGUGGAUGCUUCAGUGUCUGCAGAUGAGACAGAGGCUUUGAAAGCUGAAAUCACCAAGGCAGUAGAGAAAGUGCAAGAAGCAGACCCCAACACACAGAUCUUAUACGCUUGUGAUUCCUGUGGUGAUAAAUUCUUGGACGCGAGCUCCCUUGCCCAGCACGUACGCAUACACACAGCUCAGGCCUUGGUCAUGUUUCAGGCCGAUUCAGACUUUUACCAGUACACCACAACCACCUCCGCUGAGGGGGAAACGGCUACAACAUGGCAACCCACAACAGAGCAGGUUAUCCAGGAAGGGGAAACCUGAUCUGCCAUGCCAAUGACGGAGAGGAAGAGGCAGACAGAAAGAUGGUGGGCGAGACACGACAACAAGAAGAACGGUCACGAAGGGUGACUGAUGAGCAGUGGAAACCCACACUGAGCUCCACACAUAGGGAAAAGAGUGUACUGGAUCAGAUUUGUGAAAAGAUGUGUUAAAUAUUGUUUAUAGCAGAAAUCUAAUUUAUACAGGAGGAGGAAGCACAGUAAAUUAAGGGAGUUUAUGAGGCCCAAGAAUUUCCGAAUAAGGUCAACUUAAUGUAAACUCGAUAAGAUUUAUGGUCAUAAGUCAUGAUGUUUGCAGCCCCAAUUCCAACACACCAGAUGAAAUUCAGUGAUUUUGUAAAUCAUUUUGAGAAUUCUGUUAGAGAAGGUUAUACGAUGUAUAAUUUGUUUAUUUUUAGAAUGAAAUGCAGGAUUGUGCAUUUGUCAUUUCUAUUAAACAUUUAGAUCACAAUAAUUCCAAAUAUAACUUAAACACCUGUUUUAUUUUUUUCAUUUCACUUAAGUGAAAUAUGUACAUUUUCCCUAAACAGUCAAACUAUUUUAUUGCUUUUAGUUGAAAUAUUUUCAUGGAAAGCUCAUUAUACAAAGAAUAUUUAGAUGGACAUGUAGGGUAAUAAGGAUUUAGAUCAGAGGGGUGAUUUAUUCAUGUUCUGGCAAACACUGUAAAUGCUGUUGAUGUGUAAUAUUUAUAGAUUUGCUACGUGUCCUUUAUAAGUCUUAUGACCCCUAAAUGAAGAUUGAAAUAAAUAUUUGUCUUGAUGAGAAACAGGUCAAUUCUCAGUUUUACCAUAACUGUAAGACAGCUUUUUUCUAUUGUUGCAGUAAGACGAUCUCACUGGUAUGAAGAUAGUUCAGUGUCAUUUUGUUGUCUGUUUACAUUAACAUCUACAAGAUACUUGGUAAGAAUCAAUGGUCGUUAUUGGAUCAAUAAAGAACCAUCGCAGUCUGA